AUGAACAUAAAAAACAGUUCUACUAGUACUAUGGAGAAGAAGGAUAAGAAGAUGAUCAUGAGGGGCUUCAUGUGUCAGUCUCCGGCAGCGACCGCGGUUUGUAUGAGUCGAGCCGAUGCUCGCUCAGUUAUGGUGCCUAGAAGAUCAUCCACUAGUAGUCUUAAUAAUAAUUUUGAUAUCAAUUUCAAUCGCACACACCACACAAGAUCAUUGCUCAACAGCAACAAAUACUACUACUCCAGGCUCCUCACUUCUCCUCCUCCUCCUCAUCAUGUUCAUGAUCAUGGCAAAAUAUCGCCCUUAUUAAUUAUGCCGUCCACCAGCAAACAAGUAGGAGCUGAUCAUCAUCAUGAUCUUCUUCCUCUUACCCAUAAGCAGCCAAUGUCCUCAAAGACGAUCAAAAAAAGACCGUCCUCUCAUUCAGAUUCAGUCCUGCCUUCAUCCGCCGACGACAAUGUAUUCCAGGUGGUUGUUAUGAGAGUUUCUAUUCACUGUCAAGGAUGUGCUGGUAAAGUGAAGAAACAUCUUUCUAAAAUGGAAGGAGUUACAUCAUUCAGUAUCGACCUAGAGACAAAGAUGGUAACAGUCAGAGGACACGUGUCACCAUCUGCAGUGAUGGAAAGCAUUUCAAAAGUGAAAAAAGCAGAGUUAUUACCCUCUUGA